ACGUGCUGUAGGGAGGGGCGCCCUGCUUCCUCUCGAGGCAGCAGUCGAUUCAAGAGAAAAGGAAAGUAAACUCUGUGUCCUCUGCUGCUGGUCUGGGAGAAAAAGUCACGGCAGUCCCACAUCUGUUGGUGAAAAAUGGAUAAACGAAAGGCUGUACAAAGCAUGUUGUCUAACCUGUCAAAGGAAAACUUCGCCAAGUUCUGCCACGAGCUUGUGCACCGCAAAGAGGAGCCGCAGGUCGAUCGCAACAAGGUGGAGGGGAGAGACUUCUUGCGGAUCACAGAUGUCCUGGUUUCCACUUUCGAUGAGACCGGAGCUGUCGUAGUGGCUGUGGAGUUAUUGAACGAGAUUGAAUGCAACGCAGAAGCAAAAAAACUGAUGGAAGCUACGGGUGGACCGUCCUCAGAAAAUGGAUCGAGGGACACUGCGGGACCCUCAGCUGGAGGGACAGCUCGAUACACCAUGGUAGACGGUCAGCACUUCGUGGAUAAACAUAGAACCGAGCUGAUCAACAGAGUGAACUGCAUUGGAAACAUUCUGGAUAAGCUCUUUGAUGAAGAAGUCAUCCAACAAGCGAUUUAUGAUACAAUCAGGAAAAUCCCAACCAAUCAGGAGCAGAUGAGGGAACUCUUCAGUGGUCCCCUGAAUGCAGCAGGGCCUCGUGGCAAAGAAGUCUUCUACAGAAUCCUUGAGAAAGAGGAGAAAUAUCUCAUUGAUCAGCUAAAGGGAAAAAAGUGAAUGUUGUAUGUAGAGAAAUCCAUUUUUAGAAUAAAAGUACAUUACAUCAAGAAAGAAAAUGUCUAAAACUAUUACAAUGGGGAAAUAGUAAUGUAAAUGUCUCUGUGGGAGUUCUAUAAAAUAUAGCUUUUGCACCUUCAUGUUUAAUCAUAGCUCUUGCCCUUUUUUACACUUGGACCAGUCAUAUUUUAUAAAAUGAAUAUGUUUUCCUGUAAGGUUAAAACCAGAUUCAGCAAACCAUGCAAGUCAUUCAUGUAAUGUAAAGAUGUAAGAAAUGACUUUGCCUUCUCACCUGACAUGUAAUGUUUUAAUACAGCAAAUCCCAGAUGGAUUGAGUCUGCUUUUAACCUAUUUUUUAUAAAUUAAAGGAUGCUUGAUCAUGAAUGAUUAUCCUUAGGUUUUGCAUGCAGAUUUUAAUUUUGAUUAUUGUCUUAUGUGCUAAACGAUUCUAUUGUUGUUUUUUCCCUCGUGAAAAUAUGUUUACUUUUGGAGGCCAAUGUUUUCUAUUUUGAAAUACAUUUUCAAUAAACUCUUAUAAAUAUUA